GUCUCUCCCUUAACCCAUCCUUUCUUUGACUUGUUUCUCUCAUGGCGUAAAUUUCAAAAACCAAAAGUAGCAUUGGUUUCAGUACUGACACAAAAAGUCUUAUUUGGUUCCUGAUUUUUAUAAAAUUCCCCCAUUCCCCCCACCCUCCUCUUUGUCACAUCCCCGGAUUUCUUGCGUACCCAUCAAACGUGACGUGACAGAGCAUUGGGAAGCCUUUUCUAUCUUUCUUUCUUUCCCGUCAGCGCAGAACUAUUCCUUUAUUUUUUUUUCAAAAUUAACAGUUUCAGUGUGUUAGCAGAGACAUCCCAGCAGGAAAUGGGCAACUGUCAAUCGGCGGAGGCAGCGACGGUGGUGAUUCAGCAUCCGGGGAACAAGAUCGAGAGAAUCUACUGGUCUGUUAGUGUUAAAGAGGUCAUGAGUUCUAAUCCAGGCCAUUACGUAGCCCUCGUGGUCACGUCGCCUACGUUGAAGAAUGAAAACGGCGUGCCAUUGAAGCAGCUCAAGCUGUUGAGACCUAACGAUACUUUGUUGAUCGGGCAAGUGUACCGUCUUAUAAGCUCCGAAGAUGUGCUGAAGGAGUUUGCGGCGAAGAAAUGCGUGAAACUCGGGAAACUGCUGGAGGAGAGGGGAAGUCUAGCCAUGGUGCUGAAGGAAAAAAGGGAGUGCUCCGGCAGCUCCUGUACGAACCGGAGCCCGAACCCAAAAUCUGAGAAGUGCAGUUCUGUUAAGGAAGUUCAUAAUAGCACCGGUGGUGGCAGUAGCAGCGGCAGUGGCAGUGGCAGUAGUGGCAACAAGAACAUGGGGAGGCAUCGUAGCGGAGGCAGCGGUGGUGGUGGGAGGCAAUGGAGGCCAGCCUUGCAGAGCAUUGCUGAGAUUGGAUCUUGAACGCACGUAAUGCUGCCUUGCUGCCAUUCUCCGCGCAACAAAAUCAGUGCUUUCACUCUUUCCAGUACUACGUACUUUCAGUUUCAGGACUUGUAUGUUUCCAGUUGGAUUAAUCCAGCUGAUUAUUUGCAAACGUACAGUUAAUCCAUGCAAAUAAUUAAUGAAUCAACUGCAAGUCUGGCUUCCGCCACGGGCCAUCGCCUUUCCAUCUACAGCUUUCGCCCAUGCAAAAUUGCAUUGGUACAAAGAGAAUAACGAAAUUGGUAUCUACUAAUUAUAAAAUCUAAAUUUUACAAUCGUGAUAAAGGGUUCAAAUUCUUGCAAUAGCUUUUUGUUCACACUAAUGAAAAUAACCAGGGAAAGUGAAAGAAGAACAGUUGUUUUUAUUGAGUCUGAUACAAGGAAUGUGGUACCAUUCAUCCACGGUGCAAUUGAAUGAACAGGGGACCGCACGGAAUGCAUCAUGCAUGAGUAAGCUUCUUACUUUCACUUCCAUGGAGACAGGCUGUGAAUAUUUUUUUCUGUAAGGCAGAAGUUACCUCCUUAUGAGUCUGUUUGCCUGACCGAAGCUUUUGCAGAAUAUCCGAAUUUGUUCUUUUUCCCUACCUAGCCUGUUCCUUCCAAAGGUGAUGGCUAGCUGUUUUCGUACGAACCAGCACACGGUGAAAUGUCAUUAAAAUUGGCAGUUUUGAGAGCUGACUCUACAACAGCCCUUUAGGGAUAUAAAUCCAAUAGCAAACGUGAAUUUUAUUGAUGGGAUCAGUUACCUAGCUUCUUGUAGUUUAAUCUGCAUUCAGCAUUUGAAUAAUUAAAGAUAGGAUGA